AUCAAUUGUACUUUACUUAGUGGAUUCACAUGUGCCUCAUCAUUGUAUGCCUACGUGAUUUAUUCAGCUUACUCUAAGAUCAUAGAUCCUCAUACCGCGAUUAAACACGAUGAGUUCGACGCUUAUCAUAGGUGCCACUAGAGGUCUAGGAGCCGCCUUAGUGAAGGAAUAUGUUUCAAAUCCGCCAGCACUUGUCUUCGCGACUACGAGAUCUAGCGAUACACCGAGUGGAUUUCCGAGUGGUGUUAAAUGGCUCUCCGGCAUUGACUUAACAAAAUCCAACGUCGGAGACAAUCUCACUAAUCAGCUCAAGGGAGAGGAUCCUCUGGAUGUUGUGAUCAUCAAUGCCGGCCGAUUCACCACUGAGGACUUUUCAGUUGAGAAAGGUCCAAAUUGGGAUGAAGAAGUGACCAUGUAUACGACAAGUUCGAUUGCACCAAUCUUCAUCGUGCAUAGUCUUGUUCAUGCCGGACUCUUGAAGUCUGGCUCAAAGGUCAUCCUGGUGUCUAGCGAGGCGGGGAGUAUUACUCUGCGACACGAGAAAGAAGGUGGUGGCAACUACGCACACCACGCGAGCAAAGCUGCGUUGAACAUGGCCGGCAAACUUCUUGCCAUCGACCUGAAGGAAAAGGGCAUUAUCAUCAGCAUCAUCCACCCAGGUUUCAUGCGUACCGAGAUGACCAAAGGUGUCGGCUUCGACAAACAUUGGGACGCAGGUGGCGCCGUAACCCCAGAAGUCGCAGCGAAGAGCCUCGUGGAGUGGACGGACAGGCUAGAUAUUAGCAAGUCCGGGGAAUAUUGGGCACCUCGAGGUCCACGAGAUAUCGGUAUGGCUGAAACUGUGCUUGGGAAAGAUCUCGAGACGCCGUUGAAACUGCCUUGGUAAUUUGAAUUUCCGGACGGCAGAGAAGCUUUAUAGGGAUUACUCGUUGAUGUCAGUCUGCGUCCGGACUUUAGUUGUUGGGAUUCCGGUUAGGAGUUCCGUGAAGUUGACCAAAAAUGACGUAAUUCAGAAGAUGAUAAUUCUCCGUUUAUCGGUCAUUUCCUACCUUGGUAGGUAGAACGAGUUUUUAUUUUCUUUCUCCUUUGCCGUAGUAAGCAGAUAUCAGACAUUUGAAUCCUCUUCUCUUUUGUUCCUUAAUGGGAUAUGAAAUUGAUAAAAAAAAGGGGCGGCGAUACAGAAUAGAGGAUCAACCACCUGGGCAGCACUUACAUAGUUCCGAGUUAGUUAGCAGAUGCAGGACUACCCCACAGAAACGCCAAGGGGGUUGAAAUUCAACAUCCAUUGUGGGGGUUUCCUUCUCGGCUACAACGGACUAUGUACAGUGGCUUGACGCUGCGUACCUGAAAAGAGUCCUGGUGUCUCUCAUCACAUGCGUUGUAACAGAAGGUUCUCGGUUCGACGUUGCCGUUUAGGUAUCAUUUCCAUAAAUCUGCGAUCCGUUCUGCCGUUAUCCCAUAGAAAAGAUCUCAAGACAUUUCUCGGGAUAUAUCUAUCUAGGCAA